AUGACGAACAGAGCGUCGAUGACCGCCUCCCGAUUCCCUUCUACCGAAAGCAGUGAUUCGAACCCACGCUACGGCAAAAAAGCACUCAAGCGUGGUCACAUAGGAGAGGAGAGCUGGUGCAGUUCAAUCCACGCACGGCAAAGAUCUAAAAGAGGAUAUGGCGUUAGAUUCCGCGAAAUACGAAAUCGUCGGCUCCCUUGGCGGUCUUGGCUUCUCUAUUCAACACCGCUUGUACUAUUUUCACUCUUUCGGUCAAUACCUUAUCCCAUCACCGAACGAGCAAUACUCGGCUCGACGGCCAUUAUGCCGUUGCAUCAAACUCAGACUCCGACGGUUGCAAGUCAGCCAUUUUCAGAGCAAUCCACCUCCACCCAAAAUGCGGUGAAACCGGGAAUCUGGACAGAAAAAUCAGCACAACUGACUCACCCUACGUCUACGCCUAUGUCAAUGAUCUUUAUGCGUGCCGUUGGAAACGCUUUACCACCCAGGCAUAGCCCAGAGCAGACGUUAGAGAGCCUGGACUUUGUCUUGGCGCAUGAGGAAAAGUUUCAGAAUACAACAACCCACUGGUUUUUGAAUCGCCUCAUUGAUCUCGAGGUCCAAGAACAAGUACUGCGCCGACUCCGAAAGGCUAACGAAACCUACACGAUACUUCCCUUUGACUUACGAGUGUACGACAAAAUCGGAUACGCAUGGGAAAGAAUUUCAAAUGAUGGAAUUCACAAUCGCGCCGCGCCAGGCUCGAGCCAAUCAGACAUCGAAUACACAAGACUACGUCUCGAAGAAGAAAUACAACACGAAAAACUGCUUUACGUGAGCAAUGUCAAUGGCGUAAGGCGUGCAAUGCUCGAAUAUGGUCGCAAGCAUACACAUGCACAAUAUAUACUUCCUUGGGACGGUAAUUGUUUCAUGACACGAAAUGCGUGGUCUGCGAUCCAAUCAUCUCUGAGCAUGCACCCCAGCGCCAAGUACUUUUCAGUACCCAUGGACAGGGUUACCGAAUCCAAUGAAGUUUUGCUGUCGGAUACCUAUAAGCCAAACCCUAUUGAAGAGCCACAGAUUAUUUUUCAUCGAGAGGCUCAGGCUGACUUUAACGAGAACCUCCGCUAUGGUCGGAGAGAAAAGCUUGAACUUCUGACGCGGAUCGGUGUGAAAGGAUCAUGGGAUGCGCGGCCGUGGCGCUACAGUAAAAUGGAAAACCGAACUUUGGAUCUGAACCGAGCAGCGGACUCCACUGGGGGUGUUCCUGUCGCCGGGUGGACGGAACGCUUGUACUCAGGGACAAGUGCCGCCGAAACAGAAAAUAGGAUGAAUUUGCGCGGUCUUUUAAGAAAGCGUGCAACAGCCCUCCUCGUAACCGAACUUGAUCGACGAGCUGCUCAGGAUAUACACGGGUUGCAAUCAUCGACGACACUAUUUUAUGAUGAGGCACAAAUGAUGGCACAGCGGAACAGAUGGAUAUCAGGUGAGCGCAAUACUUUGAUUUUAGAGUUGGUGCAUUCGGCUGACCAGGCAAUGGUGGCUGGACCUUGGUCCGUGAUGGACAAGCUACCAUUUGGCUGCGGUAUUUCGGGAGAUUGUCACGACUAUUUUGAAACUUCAUUAAAUUUCUUGCCGAAUCUCAAUGCCUCUGAGUAUGAUAACUGGUUGAGGCCGAUCAUGAGGCGGGAUGGGCAAUUUGACACAAAUUUGUCAAACGCUGGCAAGGAAAAAUACGAUGGCUCUGGUAUGGCUGCAAUGGCAUCCAACACGUCUAUUCUUGCUUUGGCAUACUCCUUGACGGAGAAUGAGAAGUACAUCCACAAGGCUGCAGAUAAUCUACGCCACUGGUUCAUUUCUGACGUAACGCGUAUGAAACCCCAUCUCAAGUAUUCCCGAGUUGAAAGGAACAAAGACGGCGAGUUGUUUGCUUCUGCAUCUGGUUUGAUGGAAAUGAAAGACCUGUAUUUCUUCCUGGAUGCGAUAAAAAUUGUCGAAAAGUCUGGAGUUCUGUCAAAGUCGGAGUGUAGCUCGCUUCGUCAAUGGUUUGCCGACUAUCUCGAGUGGUUGACGUACAGUGAACAAGGUUUGUCGGAAAUUGCUGCAAUCAACCACCACGGUCUCUAUUACGAUAUCCAGGUCGCACCGCUUGCGCUGUAUGUUGGGAACGUGUCCUUAGCGGUGUCGCGAAUGCACAGGUCGUUGUCGCGGCUCCAGCGUCAUGUUAACGUAAAGACGGGGGCGCUAUCCCAUGAACUUAAUGACACGAAUUGCGAGCUCCUUCUAUCAUUUACGUUGCAGGGAUGGGUGACGAUGGCACGUAUGAGCGAAACGAUUGGGUUAGACUAUUGGAACCAGUACCAGAGCAACGCUUCGAAGGAAAGCCUUCUAUGUCGGGCUAUGUCGUUCGCGAACCCAUACUUGCGACGACGAGAGAAGUGUUCGGGAGACAUCCACGACGACGAUAUCACGCGUUGGUGGCCGCUACUGUUUGCAUCGUCUCAACAUUGUCCAAACCUCAAGACAGGCCAUCAGUCUCGAGAGGUCAGUAGUUGGAUUCCAAACAAGCUUCGCAAUCCCGAUUUAGAUCGGUUCAAAAUGCCUCAUCUCUACAAGCAUUCGUAUGGCAUUGCUCCAUUUUGGAAUCUAGGAAUACGGACGUAA